GGAAAAAGGAAAGAGAGAAAUCCUGAGAAAUACAUAGUAAAAAGCAGUCUGUUCUUUUAGAAUCCAUGUUCAUUUCGCAUAGCUCUCCCUGCCUUCCUCUCCUCCAUUUGAGGAUUCGAAUGGAGAGAGAGGAAGGUGGGGAAAAUCAUUCAAUUUGUUCGUCCCCUAUAGUUUCUUGAAAGACAAAGGAAAGCGAAGGAAUUCAGGUGUUUGCUUCAUAUUAUAGUCUGACACUGCAAGAAUACCUGAAACUCUCACUCAUAGUUGACGAACUCAUGUCAACUUAGAAUGUCAUCAAGGCUCUUGUUACAUUCAGAAGAUCAGGGCUUCAGGCCCUGAUUAUUUGUUUCUUGAUGAAGAUAUUCACCAGGAAACCACUGCAAAGUUUAAUCCACAUACAAUUCCUUCGAUCAAGUGGAAGGGCAUUACAUGGGCUUAUAGAUCAACUUUGUUCCAAAUGUACUAAACAUGAUGAUGGUGUCACUUUGCAAAGUGAAACCACUUCAAGCAAGUGCAAAUGUGUCUAUAGGUUCUUCACACCAUCAAUUAAAGGUGACACUGCAGGCAUACACAAUGCACCGGGCAAUGGUGGAAAUACAGAAGUUCUCACUAUUCAGUCAAAAGAAAAUGGUCCCAUCUCUAGUAACAUAUUGGAUGAUGGAGAGAAGUCAGUUCUCUCUUUAGAUCCUUCUAGGAAAUUGAGUGCACAUCAUCGACUGAAAAUCUGGAUCAGUAGUGGACAGAGUGGCAUAAUCGGAAGAUAUGGAAAGAAGUUGGAGCUAUAUUUUGCUGAUGUGUCUAAGGAGUUACGAAGUGAACAUGUGAAUACUUUAUGGCCAGAUUGGCUCGUGAAUGUGGCACCUGAGGCAGUACAGGGCUGGGUCCCUCUCCGAGCAGAAUCAUUUGAGAGAUUAAGCAAGAUUGGACAAGGAACUUAUAGUAGUGUGUACAAAGCUCGAGAUCUUAAAACAGGCAAGUUUGUUGCUCUCAAGAAGGUUCGGUUUGCUAGUGUAGAUCCUGAAAGUGUGCGCUUUAUGGCAAGAGAAAUAUGUAUUCUUCGGAAACUUAAUCAUCCAAAUGUCAUAAAGUUGGAAGGGAUUAUAGCAUCUUCUGCUUCACAAAGUUUGUAUCUUGUGUUUGAGUACAUGGAGCAUGACCUUGUUGGUCUUGCAGCUACUCCAGGCCUCAAGUUCACUGAGCCACAGGUCAAGUGCUUGUUGCAACAGUUACUUAGUGGCCUUGAUCACUGCCACAGCAAUGGAGUUCUUCACCGGGACUUGAAGGGUUCCAACCUCUUGAUUGAUGACAAUGGUGUCUUGAAGAUUGCGGACUUUGGUCUAGCAACAUCUUAUGAUCCUAACAGUCAGCAACCACUGACAAGCCGUGUUGCAACAUUGUGGUAUAGGCCUCCGGAGCUUCUUCUUGGUUCCACUAAGUAUGGUGUUUCUGUGGAUAUGUGGAGUACUGGGUGCAUUCUGGCAGAAUUGCUUUCUGGCAAGCCAAUAAUGCCAGGAAGAACUGAGGUAGAGCAAAUUCACAAGAUUUUCAAGCUCUGUGGAUCACCCUCUGAUGAGUAUUGGCAGAAACUAAACGUGCCCCAGACAGGGAUGUUCAAGCCCUCUCGCCAGUAUAGGAGGUGCAUUGCAGCUCAUUUCAAAGAUUUCCCUCAGCCAGCUAUACUUCUUCUAGACAAUUUGCUUUCACUGGAACCAGAGGCUCGUGGAACAGCUGCCUCGAUUCUCCAGAGCGAUUUUUUCAGAACAAAGCCACUGGCUUGCAGCCCAUCAACCUUACCAAAGUGUCCACCGAGCAAAGAAUACGAUGCAAGACUCCGGCUAGAGGAAGCUAGGCGGCAAAGAAAGGUUGAGGGGUCAAAAUCUGUUAGACCGGGAAGAGAGAAUCCUAGAACAAAUCGUGGUAAUGGCCCUAUCCGACCAAAGAAACAUACAUAUAACAGCGCAAAUCUCAACCCAGGAGCUGAUCCACGGGCAUUAGCUACAGGGGUGCAAUCUCCAGGACAUGACUCCACAUGGAACAACAAGGGCAGUGCACUGACCAUUGGGAAGUACCUAGGCGCAAAUACAGUUCUGUGCAGAAGGCAAAUUCCACUGUCUUGAUGGCAAGGAGCUCAGAUUUCCUUCAACCUGGAUACACUGAUGUAAGGAACGAUACACAUGCUUCUCGCAAGAACGACCAAGGAGGG